AUGAAUAGGAAUUGCAUCUACGACCUUUCGGACUAUGAGUCCUCAUCAAUAGAAGAGGACUUAGUAUCACGGAACAGCAGCACUUCUUGCAGUUUAUCCGCCGACCUGACGGCUAGCGGACUUACUUGUUGGCUCCUCAAAUUUUUAAGGGACGAGGCGGACAAAACAACGACUGGAACUGCGGGUGGAUUUGAUACUGACCGCGCAGCAGCUCUGAUCCAACGGACAUAUCGACGGCGCCGACAUGCUGGGAAUACGAGCAACAUCACCAGCGUUAAUGGGAAUGUUGCGGUUGCCGCUGUAUCGAAUCAUCUUGUGGACGAAGCAUCUCCAGCAGUCAGAAACGCAACUUUAGACAGUGCGGAUGGCGAGGAUGCCGACGCGCCGAAUAUAAUAGAAGCCACUGAUCGCGAAAACACAGAACAUACGGAAGAGGGUUCGGAGCGUUCUAUAUCCGAAGCAACGGGGCUCUUAGAUACAAAGGAGAAAGAACAAGAAGAGGAAGAAAAACCGAUUGAAAAGUCGCAUCACUGGAAGAUUGCAGCAAUUGCUGGGACGUUCAUAGGGGCAAUGUCUUUGGGGUUAAAAGCGCUCCAGACGGAUAGUCCUGUCGACGAGGAUGAUUUGGUCGCAGCGGUCGCACUGUUCAAGGGUGCCGGAGGAAUUGCUGGAGGUGCAGGCGGUGGAGGAGCCGGCGGUGCUGCCGCUGGAGGAGGGACUUCUGCUAUUGCCGCUGCCGGAGGAGGCGGGGGAGCAGGAGGUGCAGCCGCUGCCGCUACAAGCGGAGGGGGAGUUGGCGGCACCGCCGCAGGGGGAGGUGCCGCGAACGUUGCACAAAUGCAGCAAGCGUUACAAACUAUGGCUGUGGCGGCUUCACAAAACGCCGCUAAUUCUGUUGCAGCAGGCGCCGGUGCGGCGGCCAAUCCCGCUGCAGCGGCCGCGGCCGCGGCUUCAAGUGGUGCGUCAAGUACUACUGUUGUCGCCGCCACUGUCGUGGCUGUUACGGCAGCUGCCGUCACGACUGGAGUAACGGUGUCGUCUCGGGAGUCCCGGAGCGCAGCGGAAGCUGUACGCUAUUGUCCGGGCAUUGCCGAAUUCGACGUGUUGCCGGGGCGUAUGGAUAUAGAUUUUCUGGGAAUGAAUGACACCCUCUCCUUCGACGAAGCUGGCUUGAUGGAGGAUCUUUUCACGGAGGCUUACCAUAGCGUAAUGGGAAAUUGUACCGGGGAGUAUAAACGACUGAUUGUGGAGACAGUAGUCUCAUGCAAUAGUGAAGACCAGUGUUGUGAACGUGUGAAUACAGUGUUUGGUGAGGUGACGCGAUGUCAGUUCAACACAGAGGUUCAUUGCGUUGGAUGCUGGAAGAGAGAGCCGAUGUUUUUGGAUUCUACCGAGCUCGAAUCGCUCGAGUCGGACCCAACCACGGAUGAGGGCUUGGCGAGAAGUUUGCUGGGAAUCAUGAAACACCGCUCGCAGCCUAAAAUGUUUGCGUCAUCGCAAGAUUUUGGCGACGCAUGGGUUCGAAGUCUCCAGAGCCCAGAGUCGUUGGCGUUGAUUGAAGCUGUUUUGGAUGCCAUCAAAAUCAGAUCUCACAAGUCAGGUUGUUCGAUAUGGAGCGGCAAGCAUACUUUGAGGCGAUAA